ACUUUUAGAUAGAUUAAUUAAUAUGUCUGUAUUUGUUGAUCGAUUAUAUCCGCGUGAAAGUGCUGAAUUUAUUGUUGCAAAUGGUAUUAACAACAUCGAAUUAUCACAAGAUGGAAUAGUAAAAGUGGCUGAACUUAUCAUGAAUGCCAUUAACAGCAAUGAUUUUACGGAGGAUUCGUAUUUCUCACUUGAUGUUCAUCCACAAGUAGCUGAUCGUAAAGCUAUUGAUUGGAUCUUUCUCGUUGAUACAAUCAAUUUCUCAUUUUGGUUUAACCAUAAAGCAAAUUUUAAAGUAACAUUUCACGAGAAACAAUAUACAGGUUAUUUGGCUGCAUGUGCAUGCAUUAAUAGAGCCAUAGAAGAAAAUAUACCGAUUACCACUGCCGGUUAUAUGGAAAAUGUUACUGAGGAUGAUAUUCGGAAGAUCUUCAAAACUGAUAAUGGAAGUGAAAUUCCUUUAUUGCAAGAACGAGUAAAGGUGAUAAAUGAAGCCGGCAGGGUACUCAAUCAGGAAUUUGAUGGAACAUUUUACAACUGCAUCUUGAAAUGCAAUAAAAGCGCCAUUAAACUGAUGAAAGAUGUUGCUGAACAUUUCGAAAGUUAUCGUGAUUUUGCUACUUACAAAGGACAAAAAAUUUCAUUUCUCAAACGAGCACAAAUCCUUGUGAGUGACAUAUACUUGUGCAUGCGAAAAAGUGACGAUGCGUGCAAUUUUCAUGAUAUUCAUGAACUUACAAUGUUUGCCGAUUAUCGUGUACCACAAGCACUUCACUUCCUAGGUGUACUGAAAUACUCAUCGGCACUGAUGAAAGAACUGGAUGAAAAAGAAUUACUACAAAAUGGUUCAGAACAUGAAGUGGAACUGCGAGGAUUCUCAAUUAAAGCUUGUGAUGACAUUGUGAAAGCAAUUCGGCAGAAAGCUACAGACGAUCGUUACAAUAUGUACAAUGCAGCAUAUAUAGACAAUUUUUUGUGGCUGUAUCGACGGAAAAAUGCUAAACGAAUUGAAGAAAUGGUUCCAUUCCACCGAACACGUUGUAUAUAUUACUGAAUUUUCGAGUUUAAGUCUAUGAGUGUUGCUGUUACGUUUCUUUUUUCACUUUUGUUACAUGGAUGAAAGAUUAAAACAGGAUUCCAUCAAUUUCCCUCUCACUCAUAUCUUAGAAAAUCUUGCCAAUAUUUUGCAAAGCAGAAUAUUCAUUAAAUCUAGCACCAAAAAAAA